GACAAGUAUUAGAUUUAGAUAUCAUAAACGUGUUUUAUUGGCGAUUAGGCCAUUACUGUGGAGAUUGUCAUCCGAAUCACUAAUCUCUGAAGUUGGAUGUCUGGUUAUACGAGUUUCAUACUGUUUUUUAGCCUCUGAGUGACGCUGUUGCCUGGUAAAUCAAAUGUACCGUGCAGUGUGAUGCAGUGCUGCUCCCUCCCCUGCCACUGCAUUAUACAACAGGAUAUGAUCUGUGUUUAAUACGAGCUGAGGGUCGUCGGAGAUGCAGUUGGUUUACACUUUUUACGCUAUUCCAAAUUAACCCGGAAUGUACGCGUUUCCUCAGUGAAUUGACAUCUUCAUUCCAUUGCUUGGGUAGCUUCUGGACCCUGUUUAAAUGGCAUUUAAAGAGAAUCUUCGAGAGGGAGGCGUAAAAUGGCGAUUGUUUGGACGAUUACGAGGGGCAGUGUAUCUCUUUAUUUUUCAAUUCAUUUUUCUGAAUCGAGCGGUGGCACAGAUCCGAUAUUCCAUCCCAGAAGAGAUGAGAAAAGGAUCUAUUGUUGGUAACGUCGCACAGGACCUUGGUUUGGACCUGAAAAGGCUCCGUUCUGGUCGGGCCCGUAUCGUGACCGGAGAAAACAUCCAGUACACCGAGCUGAAGGCAGACAAAGGGAUUCUAGUCGUGAACGAGAGAAUAGACCGAGAGCAGCUUUGUGGAGACGUAACGCCAUGUAGCUUUGCCUUUGAGAUUUUAUUGGAAACACCAAUGGAGUUGCACACUGUGACUAUAGAAGUAUUGGACGUAAACGACAAUGCUCCCACUUUCCAAAACAGCCACUUGAAAUUUGAAAUAAGCGAAUCGGCUGUGCUUAAUUCCCGUUUUGUUUUAGAGAGUGCGGACGAUGCUGAUGUUGGAGAAAACGGUCUGCAGAAUUACAUUUUAACACCGAACGACAAUUUUGUUCUGAAACAACAUGUCAAUCCAGACGGCAGUAAAUAUGCUGAAAUGGUGCUUCAGAAACCCUUAGAUAGAGAGGAGCAGCCACGCCUGUCUCUGAAACUGUUGGCCGUGGACGGCGGAAAUCCACAGAGAUCUGGUACAGUAAAUAUAGACGUCCAUAUUCUAGAUGUCAAUGAUAAUGCCCCUGUGUUUAAUCAGUCUGUGUAUAAGGCCACGGUGAUUGAAAAUGCAGCAAAAGGCACUCACGUUCUUACUGUAAAUGCAAGCGACAUAGAUAGCGGUUCAAACGGGAAGAUAACGUAUUCCUUUUCUAAAUCAAAAGCAGGACUCGCUGAUUUGUUCGAUAUAGAUGAGACUACUGGAAAUAUAUAUGUGGCAAAGGAAAUAGAUUUUGAAAAAGACAAAAAAAUUGAGCUCAGGGUUGAAGCAAAAGAUCAAGGUGGACUGACGGAUUCUAGCAAAGUUGAAAUUGAGGUAAUCGAUGUAAAUGAUAACGCCCCCGUCAUUAACGUUAUGUCAUUCACUAGUCCUGUGUCAGAAGAUUCCCCUGCUGGUACCACCAUUGGCAUCAUUAAUGUUAAAGAUGUUGAUUCGGGAGAAAAUGGACAAGUGAGGUGCACAAUCGAAGGCAAUGUUCCCUUUAAAAUUAAAUCCAAUGUGAGAAAUUAUUAUGCAUUGAUGACCGAUGCUCUAUUAGAUCGUGAGAAUCUGUCAGAAUGUAACAUCACUGUAAUUGCUUCAGACGCAGGAUCUCCCCCUCUCACAAAUAAAAGAACCUUUUAUCUAAAGGUCUCUGAUAUCAAUGAUAAUGCUCCGGUGUUUCCACGAGGCUCUUAUAGUGCAUUCCUCCCAGAGAAUAAUUCUCCAGGUCUAUCUGUACUAACUGUUAAUGCUAAAGACUCCGAUGAAAACCAGAACGCUCGUGUUUCCUACAUUUUGGAAGAGUCUGAGAUAGGUGGAUCUCCAGUCUCUCAAUAUGUUUCUGUUAGUGCAGAAAGUGGAGUCAUACACGCAGUGCGCUCAUUUGAUUACGAACAGAUCAAGCAGCUUGUUUUCGUUGUCAAAGCUCAGGAUGGAGGCUCCCCUCCACUCAGUAGCAACGUGACUGUGAAACUAAUGAUCCAGGACCAGAACGACAACCCUCCUCAGGUCCUGUACCCAGUCCAGACUGGAGGCUCUCUGGUGGCUGAAAUGGUGCCUCGUUCAGCAGAUGUGGGCUAUCUGGUGACUAAAGUGGUGGCUGUUGAUGUGGACUCUGGACAGAAUGCCUGGCUCUCCUAUAAACUGCAGAAAGCCACAGACAGGGCGCUGUUUGAAGUGGGCUUACAGAAUGGAGAAAUAAGAACUAUCCGCCAAGUGACUGAUAAAGAUGCUGUGAAACAAAGACUGAGUGUUAUAGUGGAGGACAACGGGCAGCCCUCUCGUUCAGCUACAGUCAUUGUUAACGUGGCGGUGGCGGACAGCUUCCCUGAAGUGCUGUCUGAGUUCACUGACUUUACACACGACAAGGAGUACAAUGACAACCUGACUUUUUACUUAGUGUUGGCUUUGGCUGUAGUUUCCUUCCUCUUCAUCACGUGUUUAGUGGUUAUUAUCUCAGUGAAAAUCUACAGAUGGAGACAGUCUCGCAUCCUGUAUCACUCCAGCCUGCCUGUGAUUCCAUAUUAUCCUCCACGUUACUCAGACACUUUGGGGACAGGGACUCUCCAACACGUGUACAAUUACGAGGUGUGCAGGACGACUGACUCCACAAAGAGUGACUGUAAGUUCGGCAGAGCCGGUAGUCAGAACGUGCUGAUAAUGGACCCCAGUUCUACAGGGACGAUGCAGCGGAUACAGAGUGAGAAGAGCAUCCUGGAUGAACCAGACUCUCCUCUAGAGGUCAGUUAAAUUACUUAGCUUCGUUUCUGUGCUGUUCUUUCUCAUACUUUGUUCAGCUACAUUGAUUGUGAGCUGCUGCUCGGUGUACAUCAUACUUUACAUCACUUGACGUGAAUACUGCGGUUGUAUUCAUAUUUCGAACUUAACAAAAAGAAAAUGCAGCCUUUAUUCUCAGUCAGUGCUGUAAAAUUCUUUCUCUUUUGACUUUUUGACAUGUCGUGUAAAGGUGGUCUGUUAUCUUUAUAGUUUGCAACCUUGCUUUUCCACCUUGAGUUAUCUCCAGAGUAUCUAUUGCUUAAUGUGCAUUCACUCGUCAUCGUUAAUGCAGAUACAGGGUGAGUAGAUCAUCCUGGAUGAUCUAGUCUGUCUUGUAAUGGUGAGUUAAAAUGUUUGCCUCGUCAAUGUGGCACCUUGUUCUCUUUUUGUGUAAAACUUCAUUGAGAAUAAAAAAACCCAGAAACCAUUGCACUCCAAGCAGUAAACGUCCAGCACCAUGGACAGUGUCUCAGUUGUUAACGUUGGACAGUAUUGCUGCGUCUGUUUCCGUCCUUGCAGACAUGGCUCUGAAUCGUACUGCAGCAUAUUGCUGCCACACUUAAA